AGCGCGAAAAAGUUUUGAAACUUUCCGCGACGUCAAUAGUAAACUAAAUCUGGCCCUCCAGAAAGCUGUGGCGGGGGUGGGAGGGGGCGGUGUUCAGGCGCACGACACUACGUUCUUUUGAGACUUUGCCGUCACAACUCUGCACUACUGCGUGGUCGUCCCUUCUUUUCGUUAUUAUAUAUUGGCCGUGAAUUCUGUGUCAGAGCCAGUUUCAGCCAAGCCAGCAGUAAAGGAGUCGGGGUCGAGGAGCGGAUCCCAGUCUUAAAAUGAGGGAUACACGGGACACCUGCACACAAACGUUGGAUUUUGUCCUGCAUCGUCCGAAAGGAAGCAGGCUAUGAGCCAAGGGGAAGGCAGAGGACAGAAAUGAAUGUGCUCCCAAGCUUUCCCGGUGGUGUAUGGCAUUCUCCAAACUCCUAUGCGAGGGUUGUUCCUGACCGAGAAGACCCAAGGAGACCGUCUCUGAAAUCAAGUCCAGAUGAAGCCACAUUGCUUCAGUGUCACAACCUUUAAAAACUUCUCAUCUACUGACCCCCCCAUUCCAGCAGCUCUUCCUUUGGGGGGUGGUGCCCUCGUCAUGAGCCAGAUCCAAGCACCUUCACCCUUCGUGGUCCCUGAACUGAGAGGAAGCAAGUGAGUAUGGUUUUUGCUCCCAGAAUGGAGAACAGCAAGCCACCCUUGGUUAUUCCCACACUGCUGGUGCCCCUGCAAAACCACAGCUGCACAGAGGUCGCCUCCUCCCUGCCACGCCGUGACCUGACGGAAUUCCAUGAGGUGCGUGGCUGGAUGAGCAACAGAACAGACGUGGAGCCGGGGCUGAAACCUGGCGAGGUGGCCACGGCCAGCAUUUUCUUUGGGGCCCUGUGGUUGUUUUCUGUCUUCGGCAAUUCCCUGGUUUGUCUGGUCAUCCACCGGAGCAGGAGGACUCAGUCCACCACCAACUACUUUGUGGUCUCCAUGGCAUGCGCGGACCUCCUCGUCAGCGUGGCCAGCACGCCUUUCGUCUUGCUGCAGUUUGCCACCGGCAGGUGGACGCUCGGCAGCGUCAUGUGCAAGGUCGUGCGGUAUUUCCAGUACCUCACCCCAGGCGUCCAGAUCUAUGUUCUCCUCUCCAUCUGCAUAGACCGGUUCUACACCAUUGUCUACCCCCUGAGCUUCAAGGUGUCCAGAGAGAAGGCCAAGAAAAUGAUCGUGGCCUCGUGGGUCUUCGAUGCUGCCUUUGUGACCCCCGUGUUCUUUUUCUUUGGCUCGAGCUGGGACAAUCACUGCAACUAUUUCUUCCCUUCCUCCUGGGAAGGAGCUGCCUAUAGCGUCAUCCAUUUCUUGGUGAGCUUUGUGAUCCCGUCUGUCCUCAUCAUCUUGUUUUACCAGAAGGUUGUGAAGUACAUUUGGAGAAUAGGCACUGAUGGCCGAACAGUGAGGAGGACCAUGAACAUUGUCCCAAGGACCAAAGUGAAAACGAUCAAGAUGUUCCUCAUUUUAAAUCUGUUGUUUUUGCUCUCCUGGUUGCCUUUCCAUGUGGCUCAGCUGUGGCACCCCCACGAACGAGACUUGAAGAAAAGUUCCCUUGUUUUCACAGCUAUCACGUGGAUAUCCUUUAGUUCUUCAGCCUCUAAACCUACGCUGUAUUCCAUCUAUAAUGCCAACUUUAGGAGAGGAAUGAAAGAGACUUUUUGCAUGUCUUCGAUGAAAUGUUACCGAAGCAAUGCCUAUACUAUCACAACCAGUUCAAGGAUGGCCAAAAAAAACUACGUUGGCAUUUCAGAAAUUCCUCCCACGGCCAAAACUAUAACCAAAGACUCGAUAUAUGAUUCAUUUGACAGAGAAGCCAAGGAAAAAAAGCUCGCUUGGCCCAUUAAUUCAAAUCCGCCAAAUACUUUUGUGUAAUUUCGCAAAAUUCUUUCAAUUAUUGUUAUGUGCCAGAGAUUAAAAAGCUUUAACUCUAAAAA